UUCAGGAACUGAGUUCAUACAAUACUACUGAGACAUCUACAGCUUAGCAGACAGAUACGGCGAACCGCCUAUCCCAGCUCCUGUAAGUGAUGCUGCACUGAGGCACACUUUGAUCCAACUCCACUGGGGGGGCGAUGCGCACUCUGCAUCCCUCCAUUUAAGAGUUGUUGUUUUUGUUUUUUCGGGACCGUGCACAACCUCGAAUGAGUCUUAAACAAGUGAUUUUGAAAUAACGUAGGUUAAAGACUUCGGUUUUUCAUCAGAAAUCCUUCUUUUUUUUUUGCGCACUUGGAUUGAAGUUUUACGCGCUGGUCAAUAAGCGCUUAACGCACACGAGUAGCUCGCCAGCGUUUUUUCACUUGGUCAAAUAAAGUACACAUUUCAAGGCAAACGUGGGCUACGGGUUUCAAAGUUCAUUAAAAAAAACAAAACAAAAAAAAAAACACGUUUGGAUCAGUGCGUAUCUUCGCCCGUGGAAUUGCGAGCCCGAGACAUCCGAAGAGGAAUAGCAGCGUCUCCUUUGCAAAGUUGAUCGCUGCACAUGAUUCAUUUUUCUCUUGCAUACGAGGAUGCCGAUUUCUUAGCCCAUGGAUAAGUUUUUUGUAGUGGAUAACGUUUUUCCCCUGCUUGUAUUGCAUUUUGACGCCACCGACGAGGAUCCUUUCGCACCCCUUUAGUUUAAUUCAUGGCACUUCUUUUUUUUUUUUUUGGUAAAUCAGUGAUGUCUCUGCGCGGCGGUGCUCGCGGUUGAUGUUCCAACCCAUUCGGGCGGAAAAGCUCUCUUGUGACAGAAUUGCUGCUGUAAAAGUGAACCUCCCAUCCACUCUUGAGUAUGGACUUGGCAAGUCAAGCUCAUGUGCUGGCAGUCUUGCUCACCUGUGUGGUCUUGCUAUGCCGGGCCCAGGAGAGGGACUAUACAGUGAAGGAGGAGCAGCCAGAAAACGUCCGAAUCGGCAACCUGCGGAAGGACCUGGACCUCAACCUAGACCCCAACAUCAGGCUGUCCUCGCCACUGCAGUUCAAGCCUGUAUACAAGACAGGUGAUGUGCCUUUGGUUAGAGUGGAGGCCAACACUGGGGAGAUCUUUACCACCAAUCACAGAAUCGACCGGGAGAAGCUAUGUUCAGGGGUCUUCGCUGAGAAACGCUGCUACUAUGAGAUCGAGGUGGCCGUGCUGCCUGAUGAGAUCUUCCGAUUGGUCAAGAUCCGCUUCCUGAUCGAGGACGUGAAUGACAACGCACCGCUUUUCCAGUCUACUGUAAUAAACAUCUCAAUUCCUGAGAACACAGCAAUCAACACCCGAUACCCGGUGCCCUCUGCAUUUGACCCUGAUGUAGGAAUCAAUGGGAUCCAACAUUAUGAACUGGUCAAGAGUGUCAGCGAGUUUGGCUUGGACAUCAUUGAGACUCCCGAAGGUGACAAGUGGCCACAGCUUAUCGUACAGCAGAACCUGGAUCGAGAGCAGAAGGACACCUUUGUCAUGAAAAUAAAGGUGGAAGACGGUGGCAACCCUCCAAAGUCAAGCACUGCCAUUCUCCAAGUCACCAUUUCUGAUGUCAAUGACAAUCGUCCUGUCUUCAAAGACAGUGAGCUGGAGGUCACAGUACCAGAGAAUGCCCCAAUGGGAACAUCAGUUUCUCAGCUUCAUGCCACGGAUGCAGACCUGGGUUCUAAUGCACAGAUCCACUUUGCCUUCAGCAACCAGAUCUCUGCCUCGACCAAACGUCAUUUUGCCAUUGACAGCUCUACAGGACUGAUAACUGUGAAGCAGCCGCUGGACAGGGAGGUAACUCCUGUCCAUAAACUCAUCGUCCUGGCCAGCGAUGGGAGCUCCACCCCCUCCAGAGCCACAGUGACUGUCAAUGUAACAGACGUUAAUGACAAUGUUCCCUCCAUAGACACUCGCUACAUUAUCAACCUGGUUAAUGGGACUGUUCUAUUGUCUGAGAAUGCUCCUCUCAACACCAAAAUAGCCCUAAUUACGGUUACUGACAAGGAUGCAGAUCUCUAUGGCAAAGUAGCUUGCUACACUGACCAUGAUGUUCCAUUCCGGUUGAAGCCUGUCUUUAAUGAUCAGUUUUUACUAGAGACAGCUGCCCCCCUAGAUUAUGAGACGACGCGAGAAUAUGCAAUUAAGAUAGUGGCUUCGGAUAGGGGGACGCCUCCUUUGAACACUUCAGCUAUGGUUUUAAUUAAAAUCAAGGAUGAGAAUGACAAUGCACCCAUUUUCCCCCAGCCAGAAAUCCAACUUUCCAUACCGGAGAACAAUGACCCCUCUACACAGUUAAUAAAAAUAAGUGCCACUGAUGCAGACAGUGGACAUAAUGCUGAGAUUAUUUAUACUCUUGGCCCGGAUGCACCUGAUGGGUUUAACGUAGACAGACGGUCAGGAAUCCUUUCUGUUGGCAAACGACUGGACAGAGAGAAGCAGGAAAGGUACUCAUUCACUGUCAUAGCGAGGGACAAUGGCUCCACAUCCCUACAGAGCAAUGUCACUGUCAGGCUAAUUGUCCAGGACCUUAAUGACAACAGCCCAGCUUUCACACACCCUGAAUACAACUUCUAUGUGCCUGAGAACCUGCCUCUCUAUGGAACUGUGGGCUUAAUCACAGUGACGGAUGCAGAUGCUGGAGAUAAUGCUGUUAUAACCCUGUCGAUUUUGAAUGGGAAAGAUAAUUUCAUCAUCGACCCUCAAACUGGUGUGAUCAGACCCAAUAUCACCUUUGAUAGGGAGCAGCAAAGCUCCUACACAUUUAUGGUCAAGGCAGUUGAUGGAGGGCAUCCCCCAAGUUCCUCCUAUGCCAAGGUCACUAUCAAUGUUGUCGACGUAAAUGACAAUCGCCCUGUGUUUGUCAUCCCAUCAUCGAAUUACUCGUAUGACCUAGUGCGAACCACCACCACCCCUGGUGCUGUGGUCACCAGAGUGUUUGCCAUUGACAAUGACACAGGUAUGAAUGCUGAGCUGCAGUACAGUAUUAUCAGCAGCAUCAUCAUCACAUCUCGGGUCUCUCCUAGAGGUCUCUUUGCCAUCGACAAAACAACGGGUAACAUAACACUACAGGAGAAAAUAGUGGCAGCUGAUCAGGGGCUGCAUAGGCUUGUAGUCAAGGUGAAAGAUCUAGGCCAACCUGCAUCAUUAAAUGCCAUAGCACUUAUUCACUUGUUUGUCAAUGACACUGUGUCAAAUGCUACCUUUAUUCAAGAGCAGCUGAGAAAAAGUAUGGAGACACCCUUGGACCGUAACAUAGGAGACAGUGAGGUAACACCUCAAGCCAAUGGAUAUGUGAUUGUUGUCAUAGCCAUCAUAGCAGGAACCAUGACUGUUAUCUUGGUGAUAUUUGUGACCGCGUUGGUGCGCUGCCGGCAGACACCCAGACACAAAGUGGUGCAGAAGGGCAAGCAGAGUGGUGAGUGGGUGUCGCCCAACCAAGAGAACCGUCAGAUCAAGAAGAAGAAGAAGAGAAAGAAGCGAUCCCCCAAGAGCCUCCUCCUGAACUUUGUGACCAUAGAUGAAUCCAAGCCUGAUGACCCUACCCAUGAGCAUGUUAAUGGUACACUGGAUCUCCCUGUGGAGCUAGAGGAGCAAACCAUGGGGAAGUACAAUUGGGCUACGACGCCCACCACCUUCAAACCAGACAGCCCAGAUUUAGCCAAGCAUUACAAGUCAGCGUCCCCUCAACCUACAUUUCAAAUCAAACCGGAGACUCCAGUGGCCCCAAAGAAACACCAUGUGAUCCAGGAACUCCCCUUGGACAACACAUUCGUGGUGGGCUGUGACUCGCUCUCCAAGUGCUCAUCGACUAGCUCCGACCCAUACAGUGUCUCAGAGUGCAGCUGUCAGGGGGGAUUCAAGACUGCGGGGCAAAUCACCACUCGACAGAAUCCAGGCCAGACACCGGAGAAGUCCUUUCACUCACCGCCCCCCAUUUGUCCUCAUAAGGAUGCCUGUCAGCUCAGCAAGAUAACCUCCGUCAAUACCCAGCGUCGCGUGACGUUCCAUCUUCCAGACGGUUCCCAGGAGAGUUGCAGCGAUAGCGGGCUGGGAGACCCAGAGCUGAGCAGCACGGCCAGCACCACGCAGCCUCUUCCCCUCAGCUUCCCCCAGGAGGAGUACUAUGAGCAAACAUCACCUAACAGCCGCACUGAGGGAGAUGGAAACUCAGACCCUGAAUCCACCAUCGAGGUGAACCUGCAGAAAGCCUUGGCUGAGGCCUCUGAGACCUGUACCCAGGAGUGUCUGAUACUGGGCCACUCGGACAGCUGCUGGAUGCCUCCAGCCCUGGCCCAGUUCCAGGGUCCUGGCAGCAACAGUCCCACCUCUGCCACAACCAUCACUGGUACCCUCCCCGUGUUUGGCUUCCAGCAGAGCUGUGCCCGAGGAGCCAAAGCUAACAUGGGCAGCAUGGGGGUCAUGGAUGGCCGCCAUACCCUGGGUAGGUCUGUUCCCAAAAGAGAUGAACUGGACAAAGGGAUCAACCGACCCCAGUUCUACAACACCCUGGACAGACACUGCAGUAGUAAGAAGGAAGACCCUGUCAAGGUCAUACCCCUCGCAAGCUUUUCCUCCCCCGGUCAGCAGAUGCCCACCGGUUAUGGCAGCAGCUCUUUCUUACACGAGCACCAGUUGUAAGCAGAAAAGACAGCGCUUCAUUGGUCUGUCACACGUGACUCUCCAUCCUGUGACGGCUUUUUGUCAGUGACUUUUGAUCAUUGUGUAUGCGUACGUGUGGAGGUAUGCAUCAUUCAAUUAACUUUGACCAGCUCUUGCUCAGUUUUACUAAUGAAGACAUCUGAGAAUGAUGGUGUCGUUCAGACAAAUUCGUAUGCGAUAUGUUUGAAAUCUUAUGGAUUUGAAAGGAAAUGUACAUUUUAACAUAGCAGACCCAUGUACAAUAAAUAAAAAGGUAGUUCUAUACCAAAGUAGUUCCAUCCCAGAAGAAAAAUUCUAAAAAAUUUCUUUCAGUUUGGCAGUGUUUGCUGACAAGACAGUGCUUUAAAGUCUUUGGGACCAGCAUAGUGGAACUGUGCCCUAAAAAAAGAAAAAAGAUCAUUGCACAGAAACAAAUAGAAACAUAGUACUUUUUGUUGAGUUUGCUAAACUGGGCUAAAUGUUAAUUAUGAGCUCUGGGUGGACGGUGUUUCUGUUCAAGUUCUUGUGAAGUAUUGCUCUGUUUAAGAUGCAGCACAAACUCCUUUGGUGGUGGAAGAUGUUUCUUUUGUCUUCACUGAACAUAUUUCAGAAGUCUAUUUUGGUCAGGGGACUGCAGAAUGAUAAAAAAAAAAAAAAGAGAAAAAGUCUACAAAGCAUAACUAGGCCAAUGUUAGACAGCACCGGUAUUCUUUUGUAUUCUACAUUUUCACCAUGGACCAGUACACAAAAUAUAACAGAAGAAGAAAAACAAAAAAAACACAACCUGCACAUACACACAUGUUUUCCAUAUGGUGGUUGCUUCAUCACUGCCAACUCCAUUAAGGAAAUGUUCACUCCUAGCAUUAUCUCAGUAGCUUAGCCUUGAGAAGCACAGACAGAUGUGCUUUUGAAACGCACCCUUUGUUUCCUUCCGUUUUGUUUCUAUUCCUUACAUUUUAAUACUCAGAAACUCUCACAUAAUAACAGCCAUGGAGCCAAUUAUGAAAUUCUCGGUCUAAUUACUUUGAUGUGUGAUCUCAGUGGCAACCCCCAUUGUUGUCGGGAGGUCUGGAAUGAUUCUCUCGGCUAGCCAAGAAACAUGCUCUGCAUGUGUAGAGGUAAUGAAAAGGUGACACAGCAGCUUUACACCCUCCCUCUCUUCCCAUCAUUUCAUCUCAAAUGCCUAUGUUUUCCGCAAUAAAUCAUAUUUUGCAUAUUCAUACAGCUCAGUUUAGCCGAAGAGUUUAUUUUAUUGGUUUUUAACUAUGCAUGUUGACACCAGAAUAAUUGACUGAGGUGCAUGCAUGAAUUUCUUCAGGGUCCCGAGUCUAACUGUAUUAUUUUCCGUUAAAGUUAUUCUUCAGUCGUCAUAACAAUAGGCAUUGGCACCGUUCGAAAGGACCUUCCUGUAGGCUGCCCCUCACAAUGGCUUCAUAUGCGCACACUGCAUCACUGCCUGUGUGUGCAAAUUGUACUGAUGAUGAUAACUACUUCAGACUAACUCUGUUGUAACAGAUUGGGUGCAGUAUAAUCUAUUGCUACAGCAAUAAGUGACUUUGCUGAUAUCCCUUUUUUCCCCGCAAUAAUAUCCAAGCCAGGUGUCUACUUCAUCAGGUAUAUGAUUCAUGCGAUCCAUUUUCUUGUACCAUCUUGCAAAUUGGGAACAGGCCUAAAUCUAUAAUGCAGCGUGGCAUUCUCCGGGGAAGGUGCAAGGCAAAUUGUGUUUGCAUGCUCUUAGGGACUGCUACCUAUUCUCUCUGAUACUAUAGAAUCAGGAAUCUUAUCGUUAUGAAGAGAAUUUAUCUGAGACUCUGAAAUAACGCCCUAAAGAACAGUGUGUCAAGGACAACAGGAAGGGGCAAUUCAAUUUCACCUCAGUCAAUUAUGAAAAUUGAUUGAAUUCAAAACAAGCAACUUAAAUAAAUCCUCUAAUAAACAGAUUAAAGAAAAUGUCGCCGUUUGGGAAUCCAAUUUCCUCUCAUUUACUAAUAAUUUAGAAGGGUUUUUUUUUCCACCGCAUCACUUCAUAUCAUUUCUUAGUAUAGAAAUGUAUCACCAAAUGGAACAAACAAUGGAUAUUUAAUCAAAAGGAGCACAUAUCAAAGUGAACAUAGAUCAUGGUGUCACAGAAAGCUGGAAUUGUAUCACUCCGACAAAUGCAAAUCCAACAUUUGUGAAAUGUGAUGCCGAAGUUCCCUCAUAGUCUCUGUUGUAGAAACUGUGCAAAUAAGUGGUGCAAAUCAAUGCUCGGUUGGAUCUAUUCCACAAAAAUCAAAACAAAAUAUUGACAGUUAGCUUUUAAAGAAACUUUCUCAUCCAUUAACAAUGACAAUUACAGACAUGAUAUGCUGUUGGAGUGUUUAUAAUAUGACACAGUAAAUUGUGCCCUUCCUCGUCUCACAGAGGGAGAGAAUAUCCAUGAAAUAAGUAAGAGAUAAUACACUGACACACUGUAAUAAAUAAAUGUGAUUGUUGGAAAUAAUUUGUCCAAUCACUUGUGUACAGUUAGCACAAUAUUACCUACCUGUAGCUCUCACUGUGUUUUAACUCACCCUGCCUACAUAACCCAUAUGUAAUUUGAUGUUGCAGCAGCUACAUUAAUCAAAAGAGAAGUUAUAGAGGGAACAAUACAGUAACUGCAUGGAUGUACAUCUCUAGGAUGUUGCUUUUGAUACUCACAUAAGUUAGCGCACAUUCUUUAUUACCAUAUGCCCUUUUAGAGGAAAAUGUAAUGGGAGUUCAAUUAUUUAUUUAUUUAUUUCAACAAAGACCUUACCAUAUGAAUGUUCAUUUGUUUUAUCAUUCAGUUUCCAUCUUUCACAAAACGGACAAAUGUUAAGCGUGAUCAGAUGUUUUCACUUUGCAUGAUUCUGCUAUCAUUGCUACUUCCAUAGUUCUGUAAUUCCCUCUCGCCCGGUGAUAGAAAUAGAGAAGACACUAUACUUAACACUGAAAAUUGUUUUCCUUUUUCUACUUUUCAUUUUCUGAAUUUUGCUAUUUAAAUGUGUGUCAUGAUUAACAUGCCCACCCAUGUCAUAAUUUGCAUGAACUGUUUGGACUGGCAGAAGGCAUUUUGACACUUAUGCCUAUGUGGUCCACGCAUCCAUCAUUAGAUUCAGUGUCAGUAUCGAUGUUUACUACUCUACCUGUUUGUCUGUCUUUUGGAACAAAGCAAAUGUUACACGGUGUACACAUUCAAACUUUGUGAAAUGUGCGUACCACGUAUGCCUCCACAUACACAAAAAUAUCUAUACUGUCAGGUAAACUGGAUUUAUAAAUUGUACAUAGCAGUACCCCUAAGAACUAGUAAAUAAUGGUUAAAAACUAGAAAAGACUAUGGUAAAGACUUAAGGCAACAGGCUAAAUAUUGAAUUUCAAUAUGAUGAUUAAAAGGAAAAAAGGAAAUCAUAAGAAGUGAUGAGAUGACAAUCUCUGUUGUAAUGUAAAUGGUUACAUAUGCAUAAUAUUGGUGAGUGUGUGUUUGAAUGUGUUUUUAGGUGAUCUUGUAUGUGUGUGUGUGUGUGUGUGUGUGUGUGUGUGAGGGGAGUGUGUGUGUCUCCUUGCAUGUAUGAGUGUGUGUGUGUGUGUGUGUGUGUGCGCGCGUGCAUAUGUGCAAAUUCCGGUAUACUGGCAUGCACCUUGCCAGAAUAUUUUAUGUACACAAAUGUAUCUUGUAUAAAAAAACUAUAUCAAAAUAUGAUAUAAGACUUAAGUAUAUGCUUGUAAAUUAGUCAUCAGUGAGUCAGGUCAUGUUUGCUUUGAAAGGAGGCUUCAAUGCUUGCCAGCGAAUCUGUAUUGGUCAGUUAAAGCUAUACAGUCUGUGUUGUCAUGCCUUUGUAAGAUAUUCCAUUUAAAUCUAUGAAAAAAAAUUAACUUCCUUAUGGUGAAAUGAUUUUUUCGUGUCAUUGAAUUUUACUUGAGCCAUUAAA